ACAUUGGACAGCUUCACAAAAAUGAAGACGGAUGAGCUUAGCAGAAACGGAUUUGGUGGUUCUUUACCCGUUGAAAAUGUCCAAUCACUUGCAACCAAGAACUUGAAAGACAUCCCAUCCAGGUAUAUCAGGGAAGAGGUCGAGUUCGAUAUAGUUUCCAUCGAUGAAUCCUUUCGAAUUCCAGUGAUUGAUAUGAGCAAAUUAGGCCAUGAUGAUGAACAGCAAAAACUCCAUUUGGCCUGCAAAAACUGGGGCUUCUUCCAGUUAAUCAAUCAUGGGGUAGGGGAUGAAGUGAUUGAGAAAAUGAAGAUGGACAUACAAGAGUUCUUUAAGUUACCAUUGCAUGAGAAGCUGGCUUGUGCACAGAUUCCGAAUGACAUCGAAGGCUACGGCCAAGCUUUCGUUGUGUCGGAAGACCAGAAGCUUGAUUGGGGUGACAUGCUUUUCCUUCUUCCCCUUCCUGUUCCCUUAAGAAACAUGAGACUCUGGCCAACUACUCCACCUUCAUUCAGAACAACAUUGGAUAAGUACUCAAUGGAGUUACAAAAGGUUACAAUUCAUCUCAUGAAACUGGUGGCAAAGAACCUGGGGACCGACCCCGAGAUGUUCACAAGCUUCUUCGAGGAUGGAACACAGGGAGUAAGGAUGAACUACUACCCACCAUGUGCACAGGCAAGCAGGGUAAUUGGUCUAGCACCACACUCUGAUUCAACUGGCUUGACGCUCUUGAUUCAAGUGAAUGAAGUUGGAGGACUACAAAUCAAGAAAAAUGGGAAAUGGAUACCCGUUAAACCAAUCUCCGGUGCAUUUAUCGUCAACAUAGGAGAUGUGAUAGAGAUAAUGAGCAAUGGAGAAUAUAAAAGCAUUGAGCAUAGAGCAGUGGUUAAUCCAGAGAAAGAACGAAUGUCAAUUGCAGCAUUUCACAGUCCAAAUAUAAGUACCAAGAUUGGUCCACUGCAAGAUCUUGUGAAGGCGAAGACAAGCGAAGCAAAGUAUAGGACUAUACCGCAUGAGGAGUUCCUGAGAUUGACAAUAAGCAGCAAACUUGAUGGAAAAGGAUUGCUGGAUCAAAUGAAGCUUUAAAUUGUAAUCUCAGUUAACUUGAUACAAAAUUAUUUCGUAAAAACGUUUCACUGCUGCCAUUUUCUUUCUUAUUAGU